AUGGUACCGGUUGUAUCGCCCUUCUUACGUACUUCAACCACAUCGUAUGAAGAGAUGAACGCCAUGGAUCUCGAUGCGGUUUUGGAAGCUCUGCAUCAGAAUUUAUCCGUAUCAUCUAACAGUAGCACAACAGCAACCUUACUUGGCGGGUUGUUACCGACUACUCUCCUUGAAAAUCUCAUUCCUGGAUAUGGCUACAUCCAUAAGAUCGUUCUCCAAACCGUUGGCUUUGAUAUCACACUUCUUGUUUCUUUAUUCGCUGUUUUAUGGUUGGGGAGUAAGGCUUUCGAUGCAUUAUGGUCGUGGGUAUGGACAUUUGUGGGGCGGAAUUGGAUGUCCGAUAUCUCCAUCAGCAGCAGAGAUGAAAUACACGACGAAGUAAUACAGUUUCUUGCUCACAAGUACCAAAUGAAGCCGUCUCGUUCUCUUCAGGCAGAGACAGCUCGUAGGGGAUAUUGGGACCUGGAUAAUGAGGAUGCCGUCACUUUGACACAACUUGAUGGAACUGGUACCACACAGUGGCUCAAUUUUGCCGAUCAAGACUCCAAGGCUAAACCACAAUAUACGCCAUCUAUGGGAGCCAGUCAUAGCUUUUGGCACAAUGGGAGAUACUUUCGUGUUAGACGUUCGGAAAAAACUGUUUUCUCAUCCUCCUCGUAUGAUGACAACCCAGUAUCCGAUCAACAAAUACUGCGCAUCUCUUGUUAUGGUCGUAGCACGACACCUAUUAAGGGGUUUCUUCAAGAGGCGAAAGAAUAUUCGAACAGAAAUCACAGUGCAAAGACUAUCAUUCGUCGACCUGCGACUAAAGAACGCCGAAGUUGGGGAGGUCGAAGUUCUUGGAUUGAGGUAGCUAGACGACCUUGUCGUCCAAUGAGAACUGUUGUUUUGGAUGAGGUUAUGAAAAAUAAGGUUCUACGUGAUAUCAACGAAUAUUUGAAUCCCUCAACUGCUCGCUGGUACGCCAUUCGCGGUAUACCUUACCGGAGAGGGUAUCUCUUCCAUGGACCUCCCGGUACUGGCAAAACUUCGUUAACAUUUGCUCUUGCCGGUGUUUUUGGCUUGAACAUCUAUGUUGUCAGCUUGCUAGAGCCUACUCUUACUGAAGAAGAACUCGGCAACCUUUUUACCAAUUUACCACCUAGAUGCAUUGUACUGUUGGAGGAUAUUGAUACUGCAGGCUUGACACGCGUGAAUGAAGAUAAAGUCGAGUCGGCGGACGAAUCCAGCUCGGAUAGCAGCAGCAGCGAGAAUGAAGCGAUCACCAAGAAACACAAGAAGGGCAAGGGUAAAAGCGGUAGGGGUAGACAUGGUAGGGGAAGUAAGAAGAGUAAGAAAAGUAAGAAAGAUGAUGACGAUGACAAGAAAGGAAUCUCGCUCUCCGGUCUCUUAAAUAUCAUCGACGGUGUAGCAUCACACGAAGGUCGUGUUUUAGUAAUGACAACAAAUCAUCCCGAAAAGUUAGAUGAAGCUCUUAUCCGACCCGGUCGUGUGGACUGUCAAGUGGCAUUUACGAAUGCCACUCGUCAUCAAAUCAAAGAGAUCUUUGAGAGAAUGUACUCUAAAGAUCCACCACGGGAGAAACUAAUCGCUGCCACUUCUCCUGCUACCUCGCCCGUUCCUCAGAUCCAAUCCCCCCUCAAAGAAGAAGAAGAAGAAGAAAAAACCCCUCUCCUCUCUUUCACUCCCGAAACCCCACUUCAAAAUCCAAAAAUAAAUCACCCAAAUCCAGUCGCGAGCUCAAUCCCACAAAAACGUCCCCUAACACCUCCCGAUACUCCCAUCACCACUGAAACGGAAACGAAAAGUCCCACUCCGAUGGAAAAGAAGACCCUCACAAUAGCCGAUAUUGAAAAUGAUGGCGAAGAGGAAAUAUUGGCCCCGGGAGAAUUAUCCACUCUAGCUACGCAAUUCGCGGAGCAUAUUGAGGAUUUUAUGUUUAGUCCAGCGGAAGUUCAGGGGUUUUUGUUGACGAGGAAAAAGGCUCCUAGGAAGGCGGUUGUGGAAAUUGGGGCUUGGGUUGAGGUUACGAGGAAGAGUAAGGUGGAGGGUCAGAAGUUUAGUUAA